ACAGUUGAGAACGGACAAAGCCAACCGUGGACGGACGAAAUCCCAGGAACCCAAUCCCAGAAGAAACGACUGUUUACCUCAAUCAAACCAAAGAUCCUCUACAACUACGCCCCUUCUUCCAAAUUUCGAAUCUCAUCAUUAUUACUCUUCCCUCCCCUAGAUUUCCUCAAUCUCAAUCUUCCCAUGUAACCCAUUUACUGUAUCAUACGGUACCUCCCUCAUUUAUUUAAUACCCCAUACCCGACCAAAAAAAAAAAAGCAAUCACCGUGUAGAAGAAAUCGGCGAUCUAUUUCUGGUUUCAGGUUGAAUAUCGUCGAUGAAACGGCACUGGGUGAUCCUGGUCUGUAUUUUGCUGUUAUUUUUUGGCUUUACGGGCUUGGCGAGUGAGUUAUUGAGCUUGCCCAGUAGUUCAAUUGAGGGAAUUUCCGAUGAGGUUACGCUAGCUCCGGCGAGGAGGAAUCUGUUGUCAGAGUUGAGGAAACCUGAGACAGCACUGGUUGCUGAACUGGAUGGUACUGUUCAUUUACGGGAGGUUAAAACUGAGAAAACACUCUGGUCAUUUAGAUCUGGCCCAUCAAUCUACUCUUCUUAUCAGGCUCCUAUAAACUAUAAUGACAACAGGGAGGCAUCAUCUGAUAUAGGAAGUGGUUAUUUCAUUGACUGCCGUGGGGAUGAUUGGGAAUUGUAUGCGCACAACAGGCUUGGCAAAUUGAAACUUAUGAAAAAUAUUGAUGAGUAUAUUAGUUCAACUCCACAAAUAGCUGAGGAUGGCGGGAUUGUUCUGGGAUCUAAAAGAACUACUGCAUUUCUGGUUGAUGCUAAGACUGGUCGCCUGAUUUAUACAUAUAGGAUGCCUGACUCUCCAGCAACUCACGACAAUGGCAUUGCCUUUCAUCAUAAUGGUACCAUUGAUGAAGAGAGUCUGCCCACAUACACGCUUUACAUCACCAGAACAGACUAUGCAUUGACAUCUUUUAUUCCAAACUCAGACCAAGUGUUGUGGAACAUGACGGUUGCUGAAAUAGGGGCUGCUUCUCUUUGCAAAGACAUCGAGGAUCCAUUUAGUGGGGAUAUUCUGGAUUCUGAAAGAUCUGAACCUGACGUACAUUUCGAUAUGCCAUUGCCAUGUCAGUCAAGGGCCCUUAUCCACAGACGUCGAAGUCAGCAGGAGAAGAUGCUCCCGGGUGCUCAUCGUCCAGAGCUCCCCUCAUCAGAGCCAAAUGUUGAUAAUGCAGCUAAUGCAGACACAUCCCAUUUGGAAUAUUUUAUAAAAAGGACUAUGUUUGGCAUAUUGGUGGUGCUCAUACUUUUAAUCAUCAAAAAGAAAAAUUCCGAAGAUGUUAAAAAGCCAUUUAAAGAAGGAAUAAUCAAGUCUUCUGAAAGAUUGAGCAUGCCAGUUCGCAAUAUUUUAGCCACUCUUGUGGGAGCUUUAACACGCAAUCGUUAUUCAGGGGCUGAAGUCAAGUUGGUUAGACAGCCCGGCAACUCACAUUCACCAAAUGUACCUUCAAAAAGGAAAAAGUCUCGGAAGUCUGGAAAGAAUGGGAGCAAUGGUGAGAAAAGUGAUAAAGGCCCCUCAUCUGAUGGUGGACUUCAAUAUGCAGACGUGGAUGCUGAUAAUAAACUGUUGCUGAACCUUAUUCAACCAAGUAUAUGUGGCAAAGGUGGACGCACUAUCGGUAAGUUGUUUGUCUCCAGUACAGAGAUUGCUAAAGGGAGCAAUGGCACAGUUGUCCUUGAAGGAAUUUAUGAAGGUCGUGCAGUUGCUGUGAAAAGACUUGUCCGGGCACAUUAUGAUAUCGCCUUCAAAGAGAUAAAGAAUCUUAUUGCAUCUGAUCGACAUCCAAAUAUUGUUCGGUGGUAUGGUGUGGAACAAGACCAAGAUUUUGUUUAUCUUGCACUGGAACGCUGCAUUUGCAGCUUGAGUGACCUUAUUCAGAUUUAUGCCGACACUACAGUAAAUGCACGUCUUAACCAGAACUUGGAUGCAGAAUCUACUAACCGUAGAAUUCAUUUGGAUUAUUUGAACGGUAUUAUGUUGGAUACUGAGUUAAGGAAAGAAAAUGGUUUUCCUUCACCUUUGUUGCUCAAAUUGAUGAGGGAUGUGGUCUCUGGUCUUGUGCAUCUUCAUGAUUUGGGGAUCAUUCAUCGAGACCUGAAGCCCCCAAAUGUUCUGAUAACUAAGGAAAGAUUCUUAGGUGCUAAGCUUUCUGAUAUGGGAAUUAGCAAGCGCCUCAUCGGAGAUAUGUCUUCAUUGGGUCAUCACGCGACAGGUUAUGGAAGUUCGGGUUGGCAAGCUCCUGAACAGCUUCUUCAUGGACGUCAAACACGCGCUGUUGAUAUGUUCAGUCUGGGGUGUGUUCUGUUUUUCUGCGUGACUGAUGGUAGUCAUCCCUUUGGAAGCCCUCUUGAGCGUGACAUUAACAUUACAAAGAACAAAAUUGAUCUUUUCUUGGUGGAACACAUCCCUGAAGCUGUGGAUCUCUUUUCUCAUUUAUUAGACCCCAAUGCUGAGUUGAGACCGAAGGCUGUGGACGUGCUUGCUCAUCCUUUCUUUUGGACAUCUGAGAUACGAUUGUCAUUUCUUCGUGACUCAAGCGACAGGGUGGAACUCGAAGACAGGGAGACUUCUUCUGAUCUCCUGAAAGCAUUGGAAGGUACAGCACCAGUUGCUUUGGGUGGAAAAUGGGAUGAGAAGAUGGAAUCUCCGUUCAUCAACAAUAUUGGUCGUUACAGGCGAUAUAAGUUCGACAGUGUUCGUGAUUUGCUGCGAGUCAUGCGCAACAAGCUAAAUCAUUACAGAGAGCUUCCCACCGAAAUUCAGGAAAUUUUAGGAACUGUACCAGAAGGAUUUGAUGGCUAUUUUAAGAGUCGGUUUCCCAAAUUACUAAUUGAAGUGUAUAAAGUGAUGUCAGAUUACUGUAGGAAUGAAGACUGUUUCCAGAAGUACUUCACAAGCAGUGUACUCUAAGACUCCUCCAAAUAGCGACUGAAUCUUGUUCAAUACUUGAAUGUAUGAUGUCAACAUGUAAUGUAGUCUAUAUAUGUAAAUAUGAUCAACCUAUAUAUAUUCUUAUUAAAGUGUAUAUUUAUGUCGACCAACAUA